AAUAAAUCUUGCGACUGUGACUAAUUCUCAGGGCCCCUUGUAUUUCUUAUUUUAUGCAGUGGCUGGUCGCUGCAUUAAUAUGGUGUGUAUGUAUAUAUAUAUAUAUAUAUAUAUAUGCAUGUACCAAAAGUUCGGAUAUUGAAAGAAACAAGCUCAAAAUUGAGUAAUGGAGAGGAAAAUUAUACCACAUUAUCCAAUGAUGCUCUGGCCUUCCAUUGCAAUUUUUUUCCUUUCUCUGUUGCUCCUCACCUCAAGCCUUGAUGCUGCAAGUGCUGAUUCCCAGAAGAACAGGAAUGAGGUAAUUGUAGCACAAAAUGGUGCCGUGGCCACUGAUGAUGGUCGAUGUUCUAGAAUUGGGAUGAACGUUCUUCGCGAAGGAGGUCAUGCUGUUGAUGCAGCAGUAGCCGCUUCUCUUUGUUUAGGGGUUGUGAAUCAAGGAUCGAGUGGCAUUGGCGGUGGUGCCUUCAUGCUUAUCAGGGAAAGUAGUGGGGAGGCAGAGUUCUUUGAUAUGAGAGAAACUGCCCCCUUGUUAUCCUCUAAGGAUAUGUAUGGUGGCAAUGCUACUCUGAAAUCUAAAGGUGGACUCUCAAUAGCAGUUCCAGGUGAACUUGCAGGCCUUCACAAAGCUUGGAAAAAAUAUGGAAAGCUUCCAUGGAAAAGACUAGUAAAACCAGCUGAGAGUCUAGCUCGUUUGGGUUUUAAGAUAUCACCAUACCUCCACUUUCUAAUGCAAGAAACAAAAGCAGGAGUUUUUGAGGAUGAAGGUCUUCGUGAUAUAUACACGUCGAAUGGUAGUCUCUUGAAGCAAGGUGAUAUCUGCUAUAACAAGAAACUAGCAGAGACACUCAAAAUAAUUGCAGAUGAAGGUAUACAGCCCUUCUAUAAUGGAUCAAUAGGCUUCAAUUUGGUUAGAGAUAUUCGUAAGGCUGGGGGUAUAAUAACAAUGAAGGACUUACAAAGCUAUAAGGUCAAAGUGAGAAAGCCAAACUAUGCAAACUUUCAAGGGCUUGAAUAUAUUACAUCUCCUCUUCCUUCUGGGGGUCCAUUAAUGAUACUUAUGCUAAACAUUCUUGCACUCUAUGGAAAUCUUUCUGGCGUACCUGAUUCUCUUUUUGUCCAUCGAGAAAUUGAAGCUCUGAAACAUGCAUUUGCUGUGAGGAUGACUCUUGGUGAUCCUGACUUUGUGAAUGUGACUGAGGUUCUUUCUGAUACGCUCUCAAUCAAGUUUGCAGAAGAAUUAAAGGAAACCAUUUAUGACAACAUGACUUUUCCUCCCAAACAUUAUGGUGGCAAGUGGAAUCAGCUCCCUGAUCAUGGAACCAGUCAUUUAUCCAUCGUAGAUAAAGAACGAAAUUCAGUGUCCAUGACAACUACUGUGAACUUAUUUUUUGGUUCACAAAUACUGUCACCAAGUACGGGAAUCGUCUUAAACAAUGAGAUGGAUGAUUUCUCCAUGCCUGCAAAUGUUUCCAAGGAUGUUCCACCACCAGCACCAGCCAAUUUUAUCAGCCCCGGGAAAAGGCCAUUAUCAUCCAUGUCACCUACCAUAGUCCUGAAGAAUAAGCGACUGAAAGCUGUAAUAGGUGCUAGUGGGGGAUCGAGGAUCUUUCCGGGAACUGCACAGGUCUUCUUAAAUCAUUUUGCCAGGGGAAUGGAUCCUUUCUCCUCUGUUUUUGCUCCGAGGAUCUAUCAUCAGCUGAUACCCAACAAGGUUAAUUACGAGAAUUGGACAACCGUAAUUGGUGACUACAUUGAACUUCCGGCAAGUAUCAGGGAAGACCUUCAUAAAAAAGGUCAUGUCUUAGAGCCCAUUCCUAGUGGAGCUAUUUGCCAGUUUAUAACUCUAGAAGCAGAGACCACCAACAAAAAUGGAAGCCUUGGAAAAAUAGUAGCAGUAAGCGAUCCAAGAAAAGGUGGGAUUCCAUCUGGUUAUUGAAACCAGUUUUUGGUCUAAUAGACUCAUUUGUUAUGCAGGAUUUUAUCGUUUUAGGUCCAUCUGGUUAUUGAAACCAGUUUUUGGUCUAAUAGACUCAUUUGUUAUGCUGGACUUUAUCGUAUUAGUCUGAAUAAUAUUGGGCUGUACUGUUACCAAGCAGCCAGCAAUAUAUAAAAUAAGGUUGUUUGUCCAAA